CGCCUCUCGCCCUUUGAGUUCCUGACGUGACCUCCUACUCUUUCCCUCUACAGCUCUUGUGUCAUACCUAGUCUGGGCAACAUCUUCUUUGAGGCCAACCUGGCGCCAUUGAACAGUCUCUUUCCCACCACUACAGUUACACAAUAGAAUGGUCACAAGGCUGGACCUGGCGCUGGACGCCCAGGAGCUCGCGGGCGAACAGCGCGCCCUUCUCGACCUGCUCGACAAGCUCCAGUUCGCCCAGCUCGACAAUGUCAAGCUCCCUCAGAUCGUCGUGGUCGGCGACCAGAGCGCCGGGAAGAGCUCGGUGCUCGAGGCCAUCACCGGCACUCCGUUCCCUCGAGAUGCCGGCGCCUGCACGAGGUUCGCAACCGAGAUCCGGCUGCGGAGGGCGCCCCAGACCAGCAUCAACGUCUCGGUCAUUCCAGACAAGAACCGGAGCUUUGCCGAGCAGGAGAGGCUGCGGCAGUUUGGCGGAACCGUCAACGCCGACAUUCCCUUCGAGCACCUGAUGCGGAGUGCUGUCGACCUCAUCGCCCCCAAGAACAUCCCCGGCCGGUUCGCCGCCCGCGACAUCCUCGUGGUCGAGAAGCGAGGCCCGGAGAUGCCGCUCCUGACCCUCGUCGACUUGCCGGGCCUGGUGCGCAACGCCAACAACGACCAGUCCCUUGAGGACAUCCGAACCAUCGAGGCGCUCUCGGACCGCUACAUGAAGAGCUCUCGCACCAUCAUACUGGCCGUCGUCGGCGGCAACGCAGACUACGUGCAGGCGCCGAUCCUGACUAAGGCGCGCCAUUUCGACCCUACCGGAUCCCGGACCAUCGGAGUCCUGACCAAGCCGGACCUCACCGAGUCCAUCGGGCUCGAGGACAAGUUCAUCAACCUGGUCACCAACAAGGACAAGCAGAACGACUUCAGGCUCGGCUGGUACGUACUGCUGAACCCGGCGCCCAGAGAGCCGGGCCAGCCCUGGCCCACCGCCGAAGAGCGCCGACGCGCCGAAGCUGCCUUCUUCAGCAACGGGAAAUGGAGCUCGAUCCCGCCGUCCAUGUGGGGAGUCCGGGCCUUGAUGCAGAAGCUCAGCGUGCAGCUUCAGCAGCACAUCGGAAAGCACAUCCAUGUCCUCCGGAAGCAGAUCCAGAAGGCCCUCGACGACUGCGAAGCCGAGCUCAAGUCGCUGGGCAACGCGAAGGACACGCCGGAGGAGAUGCGCAUCGAGCUGGUCGAACUGUUCUCGGGAUCCAAGGAGCUGGUCAUCCCUGCCGUCUACGGUUUCUACAAGAACCCUCCCAAGAAGAACUUCUUCCGCGUGACUGCCGACCCUAGGGGCACACCUGCACAGAACCUGCGGGCCCGGGCUACCGAGGAGAACGACCGGUUCGCCAUGAGGAUACGCGCUCACGGGCGCAAGUUCAACUUCUCGGUUCCUCCGCCGCAAGGGGCAGGCGCGCAGGCCCCUGAAGCCGGUAUAAAGCGAGAGUUCAUCACCCAGGAAGUCGAGUCUCUGCUCCGCCAGGUCCGCGGUUCCGAGUUCCCCAUGGAUCCAAAGCCGAGGGCUGUCUACAUGCUCUUCCAAAGCUACUCCGAGAACUGGCCCAGGCUCGCACAAGAGCACAAGGACAACCUGGGUGUCGUGUGCAACGAGUUCCUCGGCGAGCUGAUCGACUACGCAUGGCCGAAGCGCAUGCGAGAACCUCUUCGCCGCCAUUUCCUGGAGCCGCACCUCAAGGAGCUCAUGGAGAAGGCACAGCACGAGCUGGAUCUCCUAACUGAAGACCUGAACCUCGAGGUGCAACCGUACGAUCCCGAGUACGAGGAGCGCCUGCGCAGCUGGCAAGCCAGAGUGUCCAAGGACGGCGCAACCUUCUCGGAGGCUGAGGAGAUCCUCGAGAAGAUGCUGAUCUACUACGACCUGGCCGCCAAGACCUUCAUCCGGAACAUCAUCACGCAGGUGGUGGAACGCCAUCUGCUCCAGGGCAUGUACGGCCUCUUCAACUCGGCCGAGGUCCUGGGCCUGAGCAACGAGAUCGUCGACGCCAUCGCGGCCGAGAACAAGGAAACGAGGGACAGGAGGCAGACGCUCAGGGUGCAGAAGAAGGCGAUCCAAGAGGCCAAGGAGCUGUGUGCCAGCCUUGCGAUGAGGAAAGAGCUUAGAGCAUACGCCGAGAAUGGCGCCGAUGAAGCCGAGGACACCAGCGACGAUGACGAGAGCAAGGUCGUUAGAACGACACCGUCCCCGCGAGCUUCUCACAGCCCCUCGGCCAGCAGACCAUCACGGCGCUCAAGGCGGCCCGUCGGGGAUACCGAGUCCCUCCAGACGUACCCAGGCCGAUCUGCUGAACCUGCCAGUGCGCCGGAACAGAGGCAUUCCCAGCUGCCGCUGCCAGCGACCCUGCCGACCCCAAGCAAUGGUUAUGCGCCACCACACAAUGGUUAUGGCCCGCCCAGUAGCGCGACCCAGGGCAGCGGCGGCGUCGUCGACGGCUCUUCUUACACGACGACGACGACAAGACCGCCGCAGCAAGCGCCUCCCCCACCUCCACCACCACGGCCAGGCAAGGUGCGAGACGAGGAGGAGGAGAAGCUCUACGCGCAGGGCCGUCCAUACUCGCCCGCUCCGCCGCGGGCCGCGACAACAAGGGUCAGCCAGGGCUCGGCGCCCGCCGCCGUGCCGCCGGAGACGCACUACACGAAUGCGUAUGCGAGCAACAGCGCCUAUGUGCCCGCCGAGGCGGCUGAGUUUGAGGUGAUGAGGCGGCAGGCGAGGAAAGCGUCCGGGAGGGCUUGAGAAGGCGGUCUUUUUUAUGAGGGGUUUGUUUCUUCAGUACCGCUGGUGGAUGCUAAGGUAAGGUAGUUCAAACUAUGUGAGGUGUGUUGGGACAUGCUAUCGGGGCGUAAAGGAUGUAGCUGAGGUGCGAUGCAACCACCAAAUUCUUUCUCUUCGUCGGAGCAAGCGUUCG